AUGAUAAUUAGCGUGAUACUCUUUUGUUUAGUGAUGGGCGCGGCGCCUACCGGGGCGCCUGACGCUGCAGAUGCUUGUUUUCGAGUGGCCAGUGAGAACGCUGUGAAGUGCAAUGUACGGACGCUGUCGUCCGAACGGGAACUGGCCGGUUCGAUGCACUCGGACGGCGCGGAGAGGCUCGCGGUCGACUGCGGGUCUGACCACGUCGAGAGCACGCUCAAAGAUCACCAAUUCACCAAGAUGAAGGACCUAGCGGAGAUCGCGGUGACCAAUUGCAAGAUCUUGCGCCUCCCGGGGAACGUGUUCGAGGGGAUACGCGGCCUGAAGGCCUUGCAGCUACGCACCAUGAAUAAUGAAUGGGGUCACAAUAAGGAAUUAGAGAUGUCCUUCGGCGCCUUUAAUGGUUUAAGGGAAUUACACACUUUGGAUCUCGGAUUUAAUAAUAUUAGGAAGAUCCCGUCCGACCUAUUUUGCGCGCUGGAGAAUAUCAUAUCUCUGAAUCUCACUCGCAAUAAGAUAAAGUUUGUCGACGAACUGGGCUUCGGGCACAAAUGUGGCUCGACGCUGCAGACUAUUGAUCUCAGCUACAACGACAUCAUGUCCUUGCCAGCUGACUCCGAAAUAUUACAUCUCCGACGGCUCACACAGCUGUACUUGCAGAACAAUAAAGUGAGUGAGUUGCCCGCCGAAGUUUUCAGUGACCUUCUCUCAUUAAAAGUCGUGAACCUCUCCGAUAACGCCAUAAAUUAUUUGCCAGAAGGCUUAUUUCAAAACACGAGGGAGAUUCGUGAAAUUUAUUUGAGGAACAAUGAACUGGAAAUAUUGCCCAAAAGAAUAUUUAAUAGACUGGAUCAGUUGCUCGUUUUAGAUCUUUCAGUGAAUAAAUUGAAGGGCGACCACAUAGAAGAUGAAACGUUUGGCGGCCUAAUAAGAUUAAUUGUGCUCGACCUAUCCCACAAUGCUAUCGCCCGUAUAGCGCAGAAUAUGUUUAAGGACUUGUUCUUUUUGCAGAAUCUCAAUUUGAUAAAUAACUCUAUUGGUUACAUAGACGACAAUGCGUUUUCGCCUCUAUUUAAUUUACACACGUUAAAUUUAGGCAUCAACAAAUUGAGAACGAUCGAAGAUCACAUGUUUAACGGUCUUUUCAUUCUGAAUAAAUUGAGUUUAAGUAAUAAUCUGUUGUCUUACAUAAGUGAAAAUGCAUUCAGGAAUUGUUCAGACUUAAAAGAACUAGAUUUAAGUUCGAAUAAGUUAACGAAUGUACCGGAAGCAAUAUUACAAUUACCGUUCCUAAAGUCGUUAGACUUGGGAGAAAAUUUAUUAACGGAAAUAACGAACAGUUCCUUUCAAAAUUUAUCACAGUUAACCGGUUUGCGUCUAAUCGAAAAUCAAAUUGGAAAUCUCACAGCGGGCAUGUUCUGGGGAAUGCCUAGCCUACAAGUGCUCAAUUUGGCGAAAAAUAAAAUACAGUCGAUCGGCACAGAAACGUUUCAAAGAAAUACUCAAUUGGAAGCCGUGCGGCUCGAUACUAACUACAUUUCUGAUAUAAAUGGAGUAUUUGUGUCCUUAACGAAGUUGCUCUGGCUCAAUUUGUCAGAGAAUCAUUUAGUGUGGUUCGAUUACGCCUUCGUGCCGCCCAAUCUCAAGUGGCUGGACGUCCAUGCGAAUUUCAUAGAAAUACUCGGUAAUUACUACAAAAUACAGAGCGAGUUACGCGUCAAGACGUUGGACGCGAGCCACAAUCGUAUAGUGGCUUUAUCGGCGAUGUCCUUACCGAAUAGCAUUGAACUAAUGUUUGUAAACAACAAUGAAAUAACCACUAUAGACCCCGACACGUUUAUUGAGAAGACUAACCUGACUCGCGUGGACAUGUACGCCAAUAAAAUCGAAACAUUAGACGUGAACAGUCUACGUAUCGCGCGGACGGACGACCGUACGUUGCCACAAUUCUAUAUUAGCGCUAAUCCUUUUCGAUGCGACUGUACCAUGAAAUGGCUUUUACUCAUAAAUUCCGUUACCUCCCGACAAUACCCGUACGUGAUGGAUUUAAACAAUGUCAUAUGUAAAGAGUCUUAUGUGCGCGGCGUCAAAAAUCAAGCCGUAAGCUCGCUGCAUAUAAAAGAUUUUCUCUGCAAAUAUGACAGUCACUGUCCGGAGGAUUGUACAUGUUGUGAUUUUACAUUUUGCAAUUGUAAAUCUGUUUGUCCGCCAGACUGUUCGUGCUAUCAUGACUCGACAAAGACGACUAAUGUGGUCGAUUGUUCCGCGAAAAAGUCAGAUGUUAUACCGCGCGAUCUUCCUCCUACUGCCACUCACAUCUAUUUAGACGGAAAUUCUUUUAGCGACUUAAAUGAGACUCUCUUUGAGCUUAUGCAUCAAGCUCUGGUCUUAUAUUUAAACUCGAGCGACAUAUCAAGCAUUCGGAACAACACAUUUCGUGAACUAGGUGACCUCAAAAUUCUGCAUCUAGACAAUAACAAAUUAAAACGCCUUCAAGGUCUCGAGUUUUCCAAAUUAAACAACCUAAGAGAAUUGUACCUACAGAACAACGCCAUUGAGUUCAUUUCGAAUGUAACAUUUACUUAUUUGGGUUCUUUAGAAGUUUUACGGCUCGACGGAAAUAGACUCGUAAAUUAUGGCCUCUGGCAUUUGGACAAUAACAAAAAGUUACAAACGCUGUUCGUCGGCAAUAACUUAUGGUCGUGUAAUUGUAAAUAG